AUGUCAAAAUACGGCCCAGUCGGAGACUUGCCAGUGCAAGGCAAGAUCGUACUGGUUACAGGAGGUGGCAGUGGGAUCGGGUACACCUUCGCCAAUCUCUGUCACGGAAGAGGGGCUCGAGUCAUUGUCGGCGACUUGAAGCUCACACAGGAAGCCAGAGAGUACCUCGACGCGAAUCCAAAGUCCGAGAUCUGCUUUGAGACUUGCGAUGUAACUUCCUGGAAGUCACUGCGCAACCUGAUCACCACUUGCGUCAAGGUAUUUGGUGAUGUGCCGGACGUGUACGCUCCUGUUGCGGGAGUCUUCGACCCAUCCUGGUCCAACUUCUGGGAUGAUACCGAGACAGACGCCUACAAGACUGUGGCUAUCAAUAUCCAACAUCCGGUCAAACUCACUCGCCUUGCGAUGCAAGCCUUAGCAUCUGCCAACAAGAAGGGAGUGGUCUGUCAUGUGGCCUCCACUGCAGGUAUCAGAGGGAAUUUCUUCGCACCACUCUAUUCCACAACAAAACAUGCAGUGGUGGGUCUGGCCAAAUCAUUGGGUCAGGCAGACCCAGAGUUUGGCGUCAGAAUCGUCUGUGUGCUACCUGGGACAGUUAAGAGUCCGUUGUGGGAGGACCGAGACGACGAGGUCAUGAAAUUGACCAAGAAUUCGGAGCGGAAAUUGAUGCCGCCGAAAACCAUUGCUGACAUGAUGCUGAAAAUGGUGGAAAGUAAAGAGUAUAGCGGUGGAACUUGCGUGCUGAAGACAAUAGCUGAAGAAAGGGUUGUUGAAGAAGGCUGGGACAAACAAGCUGGGAAAUAUGAUCCAAGUCCCAGACCAGAUGCAGACCUGAGCCAUAUUAAAGAAGUACUUGCCGCAGAACGUGGCAGGAAGUGGGAGGCAUAA